AUGAUCUAUAACUAUAGGUGCAAACCUAGGGGUCUCCAAGCAGCGCGUAAGCUCAGAACUCAUCGCCGUUCUCAGCGAUGGAACGACAAGGCCUACAACAAGGCUGCCCUUGGUACCGUAUACAAGUCAUCUCCAUUCGGUGGUGCUUCCCAUUGUAAGGGAAUUGUACUUGAGAAGAUUGGUGUCGAAUCUAAGCAGCCUAAUUCUGCUAUUCGUAAAUGUAUCCGUGCCCAGCUCAUCAAGAACGCCAAAAAAGUGACUGCCUUUGUUCCCAACGAUGGUUGUCUCAACUUCAUUGAGGAAAACGACGAAGUUCUUAUUGCCGGUUUCGGUCGUAAGGGUAAGGCCGUUGGUGAUCUUCCCGGUGUCCGUUUCAAGGUUGUCAAGGUUUCUGGUGUUGCAUUGCUUGCCCUCUGGAAGGAAAAGAAGGAGAAGCCCCGUUCGUAAAUGUUCUUAUGUGGUACCUGAACUAAAACUUUGAUU